CUGAAAACACCCGUACUGCCUGAGAAAAAUAAACGCGGUAAACGUGGAUGAGGGAGAAGGAGUAGAUAGCAAUGAUGGAGAUAAGGAGGAUUGAACACGAACGUUCUGAAGUGUUGCAAGAGACGGAUGAAGAAGCAAAUUGUUGGAAAAAAAAAAAAAAUAUGAUUGAACACGUUUUGCCUGUACGAUAGACGAAAACGGACUUGAGCAUUCGAAAAAGGAGAGCUAAAAACGCGUAAUACAAUAGUCGGAAACGCGAAUUUUGUUCAUGGAAAUGUAGUUUCGUCAGUUCGUCGGGUUUUCAUCUCGUCUUGCUGACCAUUUUUGACAUUGAAAGUCUGUGAACGUCUUAAAACGCGUGUGAUAGACAUUUUCCAUGCAUCAAACAAGUAAAUCGUCUAUCGUUGUCUUAAUUCCUGCUGUUUCUAGUCAUUUGCUGCAUUUUUGUUGUUAGCUGUCAAAACUUGCUUUAAGACGCGUCGCGUCGCAAACAAACCUUAACUAUGUUUCGCCAACACAACACAACUUGCCCUUUCCCAAACUCUUUGUAGCUGAAAAUACGGUUCUAUGUCCGAAAAACAGGCAAAAGAACCUUAUGGAGGAUCUGCUCUUAGUGAAUUGACGAACAUUCCCGACGUUCCUUCAACAGAUGGAAAAAAACCCGAAGAGGAAAAGUUUGACUUAGGUUUAGAUGAAGAAGUCGUCAUUAAGAAGGAACGAAAACCGAGAAUUAAGCUCGAUGAAGACUAUCUGCUGUCCGAAAACGGUAUACCGCGGCUACGUAAAACUGCUCCUUCACUACGUUUCAAGGGAAAGAAUCAUGAAGCACAGGACAUGAAACGGUUGUUGGCUUUCUACCAAUUGUGGGCACACGAGAUGUUUCCAAAAGCAAAGUUUGACGACACAAUCAUCGGCCUGCAGUCUCUUGGUAAACGGCGUAUGAUGAAGAUUCAUCGUCGGCACUGGAUCGAAGAGUACUCGAAUCCUCACAGAGACGAAGACCUCUUUGCUGAUUUAUUGGAAGAUGAAGCGCAACACAAAUCAAAGGAUGCUACUGGAUCCAAACAAUCUGAGUACGUACAAACGGCGGAUGAUGAAAACUUCGUUGUACGUGACCCGGAUGACGAAUUGAUGGGAUAGGAACAGGGAAAGAUGUUCAGUUUUGAUGCCCUUACUUAAUUCGGAUUCGAACACGUCUAAAAGAUUUUUGCCCCAAGCCCAAUUGCUCCUUUUCCUCCCUCCAGACCCUACACCUUUCUUUUUAUCAUACUCUUUCAUUUACUAUUCUUCGGGCGUAUCGUGCUCGCUCGUUAUGAUUACUCGUUGCUUGGAUGAACAAUCGUCUUCCAGUCAACAAAUUGACCGGAGAGUUUGGUGGUGGGCUGCAGAGAAAGAAUGGUAAGAGCUUUGCCAAUGUCUUCGGGGUUCACGAGCUUACCGGUGGCCUUGAGAUUUUUGAAAAAGUCGUGCAUGUCGCCCAUAGCAUUCUUGUUCCGCUCCUCACGAAUUAAAUCUUGCAUGCUAGUAUCUACGGCACCAGGUCGAAGAGCCACACUCAUCACAUCCGGUUCCUCACUGCCAAGGUUUUGAACCAACAUAUUGAUGGCAGCCUUUGAACAGCAGUAAGCAGCCCAAGCAGGGAGAAUGUGAACAGCGGCUCCGGAAGAGACAAUGACUAUACUUCCCUUUUGCUUACGAACAUAAGGAAGUGCUUCCUUCACCAUUUCCACAACGCUAAAAAAGUUAACGUCAAACAAUUUACGCCAUUCUUGCAUGUCAGCUUCGGCAAUAUUCGCAAUGGGUUCGACGACACCAGCAUUCAGGAUCACAGAAUCAAGACGGCCAAAGCGAUCCAGUGCACGUUGAACGGCUUCCUUUGCACAGGUACAGACGUCGCCUUGGACAUGCUCCAUUUUGUCGCUAUUUGCCUUUAAAAGGUCUUCAAGCUCGUGAGUCAUGGUUCUGCUCACAGUGACAACGCGAGCCUGCUUUACCAAAGCGGCAGCAGCACACAGGCCAAUACCUCUCGAGGCACCGGUAAGCAAAACAACUUUUUGAUCAGACAUGUUUCUGGGGACAGGAAAAUCGAACGUCAAGUUCUAAGCGUAGGAAAGGAAGUUUCGGAUGGCUGAACAAAGUCGGAGUGACGACGCGCUAUACCAUAGUUCGGGCGAUACGACGUGUUCUUGCCAGAAAAAGCCGCGAAUAGGCAGAUGGUCUAGCGGUCCUGAAAAUCUUCAAUCAGCUUGUUUUUCCAGUUGUUUUCGUAACAGACCAGCUCACAAUUGGUCAUCUGUUGCAUGUUCUUGGAUCUUCGUCUUUUCCUGUUUCUUUCGGCUCAUCAAAGUAAGCUCCACACGUGCAUGGAUUUUUGACGAAUCAUAAAAAUUUGCGACUUCACCUUAUAUUUUGGUGACAUCAUGAAGUUCAUUUCUUGUUUCGCGUACAGACUGCAAUUGACGGAGGAAAAUCGCUUGAAAGAUCGGUCGAGGGACGAAUAUUCAGUUUAUAUGAUCCGUCUACCUGUUUCUCCGCUUGAACGAGAUUUUUGGAAAGAAACUCUGCAAUUUGGUUACCCCAGUCAACCUUCACUUGCAACUCCUCCGGAGGGAGGUUUCUGUUUUGUAUAAACUCCUGACGGAUUCUUUGACGUGCUGCCUCAAGCAUCGCCUUGUCUCCUAUAUAAACAGCUGUUAAUUUUGGCGCCAAUAAAGAUGACCAUCUUACGAACUUUGGAAUACUGCUGUGGUCGAGCGGAACAACUUUCGGUAACAAGCCCUGGCUGCUGCGCGUUCCAUCUCGUGUUCAACGAAGAAUGUUACUGUUUAUUAACACUGGGUACACUCCUGGUUUGUCGUAAGAAGCCAGCCUGUUUACCUCUACGACAUCAAUGGUUAUGAUAUCAAUUAAUAAAGUUAAAUUAGGUUAUCUUAGCGAACGUCAUUUGCUAGAGAAAUGACAAAUUACAAUUAAUAGAAAACAAGCAAAUACAACAAGAAAAGAGCUGUGAAUAGGUAUUCUCAAAU